GGAUGGGGUUAGCUAUACAGGAGGCGGAGGGUUGUGGGAAGUUGGCUCUGCUGGGGGGGAGCUGGAGAGUGGGAGGGGAUAGAGAGUUGGAUGGGGUUAGCUAUACAGGAGGCGGAGGGUUGUGGGAAGUUCGCUCUGGAGAGUGACAGGGGGUUCGCUAUACACGGGUCGGGGGGCUGGAUGACGUUGGCUCUACAGCGAUGGGGGGCGGGAGAGUCGGGCGGCAGCCGUCUGGCUGUCCUCGGGGCUGGGUUUAGGUGCAGCUGGAUGCACGAGGAGCGGGGCGGGCUGCACGAGCGCCCCCGGCCCCCCCCCUGCCCAGCCCCUUCCGUGCGCGUGGACCAGCGCGAGCCCCGCCGCCUCCCGCGCUGGCCGGGGAGGGGAGGCUGCUCGGACGCUCACGUGCCCAACGGUCGCUUCAGCUGGUUCCGGCACCGCCCCGCAGCGACCGCCGACGCCGCAGCAGGAUGCCGCGCACCAUGGUGGAGCUGAACAGCGGCUACCCCCGCUCCCUGCCGGGGGCGCUGAAAAUCGCCCGUCUGGUUGUUGCCUUUGUAACAUUCAUCUGUUUCGUUGCCUCGAAAUCCCAUGAAGCCUUCAUAGCCCUUGCAAUCAUGGAAUUUGUCAUCACUCUGUUAUUCUUUCUGCUCUACUUGCUCAAACUAGAUAAAAAGAUGAAAUUCUUAUUUUGGCCUUUAGCUGAUAUUUUCAACUCAUUGAUUGCAGUUUUGUUCUUUAUCAUUGUGUGCCUGUGUGCAAUAAUAAUCAAGACCACGACUGGGACUCUGGUUGGAGGAGUCUUUGGUCUUCUAUUGGUUGGUCUUUGUAUUGCAGAUUCUGUUCUUCUUUUCAAGAAGAUUACAUUUAAUAAACCAAGAGGAAGGAAUGUUAUUACCAGAUAAGAAUGACCAAUUUACCAAAAGACUGAUUUAUUCUCCACUUUAAAUGUCUAUUGAAUAAUAUGAUACGUUUCAUUAUUAGCCUAUGUAUUUUUCCUAAAGGAUUUAACAUGUUCAUCUUAGAAUUGUAAUAUUUUCCUGUCUGUUUUUCUACAUUAGUUUACUUUUUCACACAUUAACAUUCUUUAAAUUCCUAUGUAUUUUUCUAGACUACACAUUUUUACAAGUGUUAACUUUAAAUUAUUGUCCGAUGUGUUUUGGAAAACUUGAUACAUUUUCACUUGUUAAAAAUCUAAUUUUCUUCAGAAGUGUUUAUAUAAUAAAAUUGAAAAUACAAA